AUGCUAACGACACGCAAUAAAGCAGUUGCUGAAUUCAUGCCGUUCUCAAUAGUUCAUGUUCACAUGCUUGAGCCCUUGUCUUCAGAGAAGGGAUGGGAACUUUUUUGCAGAAAGGCCUUUGGCAUUGAUAGCUGUUGUCCUCCAAACAUGACGGAAUUAUCCGAACGUAUCGUUGGAAAAUGUGGAGGUCUACCUCUAGCAAUUGCUGCGAUACAUUGUAACAGAGUUUUGUCUGAAGGUUAUUAUGAUCUCCCUCACCCUCUCAAGUCAUGCCUAUUAUACUUUGGUGUGUUUCCAGAAGGCUACGAAAUUAGAUUUGGGAGAUUAAUUCGCCUCUGGGUAGCUGAAGGCUUUGUUCAGUGCAACAAUCACCUUCAAUCUGAGCAUGUUACUGAAGAAUACAUGAAAGAACUUAUUGACAGAAGCUUGGUUCAAGUUUCAGAGAGAAAACCUUUUGGACGAGCUAGAAGUUGUAGAGUUCAUGAUCUAAUGUACAAGAUUAUUCGCAAAAAGAUGAAGGAAUGUGAUUUUUGUCAUUUCUUUAAUGAAAAAGACUUUAGUCACUUUAGUAAAACUCAGCGUAUUUCAAUACACAAAUGUACUAACGGUGUUUUAGAGAGCAUAAAAAAUUCAAAGAUCCGUUCCAUUUGUCUUUUCAAUGUAGACAAAUUGCCCAAGACUUUCACGACUAUAUUUGUUGCUAAUUUCAAGCUUUUAAAGAUACUUGAUUUUGAAAAUGCCCCUUUGGAUUGUCUUCCUGAUGGAGUGGGAAAGCUCGUCCAUUUGCACUACUUAAGUUUGAAAAAUACAAAACUUAAAGAACUUCCCAAGUCCAUAGGCAUGCUUCUCAACUUAGAGACUCUUAAUUUGAAGUGGACUUUUGUGAGUGAGCUCCCCGUUGAGAUCAAGAAUUUGAAAAAAUUGCGCUAUCUAAUUGCAAAACGGUGUGACAACAAAGGUCCUUACGGAAGUAGAGCAAAAAUACAAGAAGGUUUUGGGGCUUUAACGGAGUUGCGGAAGCUACGACAUGUUCAUGGAAACACUGAAGUACUUGAAGAGCUGAAGAAACUAAGGCAGAUGAGAAAGUUUGGCAUUAGGGUCGCAAAUAGAGAUGUGAAAGAUUUGUUUGCUAUUGUCCAAAAUAUGGAAAACCUUGAAGGUUUGAGUGUACAAGCGUUGACAAGUGGAGAAGAGCCUUUUGAUAUACAAUCCUUGGCUUCUCCUCUUUUAUGUCUUCAAUGA